CAAAAGGUCCUUGUCAUCGUACCCCAUUCUUAUCGCAGUUUGUUGCAUUUCGCAAUUUGUAUGCCCUGAACACCAGGCACACUCGCGGAAUCCAAGCGCUGUCAAAGCCCCAGAAAAUCUGAUUGGCGCCUCAGUCUGCGGGAUCUCGACGCCUUAUUUUCAAGCUCAGGCACCGCGGUGACGUACAGGGCUCGGUGGCUCGGUCCCCUGAAUUUUCCACUCUGAUGAUUUCGCGACUUGAUCGCGUCUUCUCCUUCACCAAUCUCCGGCAAUUCCUAAGGACAAUUGAAAACAGGACAUUAUGGCGGACAUUCGAGCACCACCUACGCCAAUGGCGAUGCUGAUCGGAACAGCGAUCAUUGCUGCGGUGAGCGGAUACAUGAUUGGCAUUGCGUCCUCUUUGGGGUUCAUACCAAUACCAUUCAUGUCGAAAGCAGUCACGGCCCGCGGAGUCUCGAAUUAUGAUGACGAGGAAGAGAGCGAGGAAGAGGAUAUCGAUGAGAGCAUAUUGGACCAUGCGCCCAAUUGGGCCAAUGGGUUUGAGGCUGAUAAGAGAGAUGGGUUGAGAGCUACUGCUGCCGCGACGAAGAAGGGAAAGGAGAACAAUCAGCUUGUCGUAAAGCCUUCGCAGGAGACUGCGGUGGUGGAUUCGGGGGAGCCAUGUAAGAUGGUGCUUAUUGUGAGGACGGACUUGGGUAUGACCAAAGGCAAAAUUGGUGCUCAAUGCGGCCACGCGACACUGGCUUGCUACAAGCACUUCCUAAAGAACGACCCGAAGUCAACCAUAUUACGAAGAUGGGAGAGAGAGGGUCAGAUGAAGGUCGCACUGCAGGUCAAAACUGAAGAUGAGCUGGACAUGUUACAAGCACAGGCCAUAAGCCUGGGUCUGGUUGCUGAAGUCAUUGCCGAUGCUGGGAGGACGCAGAUUGCGGCUGGAAGUCAUACUGUGCUUGGUAUUGGUCCUGGGCCUGUCAGUCUCAUUGACCAGGUCACUGGACAGCUGAGGUUAUUGUAGGUUGGACAGACCUACAUCCUAUGCAUGUACGGCGUUUGGGAUCACAAAUCGAUGCAUAUUUGGCGUAUGAGCGGUUUGGUGGGGACUAUGAAGAAUACGCAUGCUGGUUUCUGGAAUGUCCAUAUUGACCAAUACCAUACCGUUGUAUGAAACUGUCUACCGGCUCUCCUCAGCCUCAAAGUGCCAUCUCAGGCCGGACAUCUAUAGCUGUGUUUGG